AUUACUAAUCUUUAAUUCUCAAAUGAAUUUGAACUAAAAUGCCAGGUGUUCAUUGUGCAUGUUAGUUUGAAGAUGCUCUAACAUCCAUACAUAGUCAGACAUGGCCACCACCAGCUUCCAUCACCGCCAUACCUAAAACUGCUCAAUCUUCUCAAUUUGUACUUUGUCAAACCUCUCAUCUCACCAUCCAUCUGAUCAUAUUCCUCUGCUCUCUUCUAUUCAUCCAUGGCCUCCACAGAACAGCCCCCACCCCCUGAAGAACAAUCACCCCCACCAAGUCCCCUACCUUACAAGGUAUAUAUGCAUUAUAUAUGUAAAAAUCCACCCUUUCUUCAUUAUCUUCAUUUCAACCCUCUGUUUUUUUUUUUUGCUUUUUUGCAGACAUGGGCUCUGAAAGUUCCAAUCCACUGUCAAGCAUGCAAAAAGAAAGUCAAGAAGAUCUUACAAAGUGUAGACGGAGUUUACAUCAUAGAUAUUGAUGAAAAGCAACACAAAGUGAUGGUUACUGGCAACGUUGAAGCAGAGGCCUUGAUCAAGAAGCUUCACAAGUCCGGGAAGAACGCAGAGAUUUGGCCGCCGCCGGAAAAAGAAAAGAAAUCUAAGGGAAAGAAAGAUAAGAAAAAAAGCGACGAUGAUGAUGAUUAUGACGAUGAGGAAGAAGAUUAUGAUGAAGAGGAAGAAGAUCACAAGCCGCCGGUAGCAGCAGAGAGUAAGAUGAAACAGAGCAUUCAGAAGCCGGUCGUUAAGUUUGACGUCCUUCCGCCGCCGGGAAAUGCACACGCCGCCGGAGAAGGUGCGGAUAAGGGUGCCAAAAGGAAGAAAAAGAAGAAGAAGAAAAAGAGAGCUCAGAACGCGGCGGCGGCGGGAGGACCGGGUGGUGAAGGUGCACCUGCGAACGCCGGAAACGAACCGUCGAUGGUGGGGAUGGGCCCCCAUUAUGUGGGUUUGGAUCAAGGGAAUAUGGGCCGUCCGUAUCCGAACCAAUGCCCACCGAGCUAUUAUUAUGCGCCCCAACAGGGUUACGUCGUAAAUUACAGCGCUGCGGCGGCGCACCCGGCGGGCGGAACCGGUGGUCCGGCGUACGGAAACUGCGGUCCGGCGUACUACUACCCGCCGCCACCGGUACCGGCACCGUACACGCCGGCAGAGGUCCACGCGAUGCGAUGCAGGCCGUUGGAUUCUUUUGAGAUUUUGAGCGAUGAGAAUCCAAAUGCCUGCUAUGUUAUGUGACCACCGACCAUCAUUAUGCAAUUUAAAUCUGGUUAAGUACGUUUUGAUCAUAGACCAAGUUUAGGCCUCGUUUGGGAUCGCGAUUUGAUGAUGGGAAUUGAAUGAGCACAUUUGGAAGUGGCGCAAUUCAAUACAGAGGAACUUUGCAACAUUCGUGAAGUGGUGUGGGGGAAUGUAUCAAACCCUAGUAAUAGUGGUAUUUUUUUGCAAUCAACUGUUAUUCAUUUACUCCUACUUUGGAUACAAAGAUGAAAGAACUGCGGGGAAUAAAUAAAGUUUGCAACUUCGCAUCUACAAAAUUGCAAAUAUGAACUCAAAGAUUUUUUUCUUGGUUCUUUUUGGCUUUAU